AUGACUGCAAUAGUAGAUCUGUUUGAGCACAUUGUGGACAAUAUCGAGGCUGGAAAUAAUGUAGUGGGAGUGCAACUUGACUUGAGUGCCUCCACAUUGAGUAAUGCCCCCGGGUUUGGCAAGGAGUCUCUUAUUCCUGGCACGCGCCACAUACGCCACUCGACCCAUGGUAUAAAGCCCUCCGACACCGAUCAGUCAACAUUCAGCAUCAUGGACUCCAGAGUGAUCUUUCUUGCCAUUCUUGUCGUGGCCAGCGCCUCUGCCGCCCCUUCCGCCCUCCUCGCCAGCCCUGUAGCCUACGCCCCAGGAGUAGUCACAGCCUCUAGCUCCCAGGUGAUAGCCCGUAACUACAAUGGUGUAGCUCCCGUAGUCCCAGCAGCCCCGUAUGUUGCUGCUCCCUACGUGGCGUCUGCUGCUCCCUACUUCGCCGCUGCUCCCUACACCGCCCCUUAUGUUGCCGCCCCAUACGCCGCUCCAUACGCAGCCCCAUACGCAGCCCCUUAUGUGUGGUAG